UGGCGAUUCGGCAAUACCCCAUGACCCGGGAGGCUCGAGAGGGAAUCCAGCCCCACCAGGAACUAACGAUUACCGGCCGGUUCAAGACCUGAGAGAGGUCAACAAGCGUGUGCAGGACAUUCACCCAACUGUCCCAAACCCUUAUAACCUCCUCAGUUCCAUCCCACCUGACCGCGUCUGGUACACUGUGCUUGAUCUCAAAGAUGCUUUUUUCUGUCUCAAGUUACACCCUGAGAGCCAAAGACUGUUUGCCUUUGAAUGGAGAGAUCCCGACACGGGGAGCUCAGGACAAUUGACUUGGACUAGGCUGCCGCAAGGUUUUAAAAACUCCCCCACCAUCUUCGAUGAAGCGCUCCACAAAGACUUGGCUGGAUUCAGGACCAGAAAUCCCCAGGUGACGCUCCUUCAGUAUGUAGAUGACCUCCUCCUGGCCGGAGCCACCCAAGAAGACUGUCUUGUAGGUACCAAGGGCCUCCUUUCUGAACUGACUAAAUUGGGGUACCGGGUGUCAGCUAAGAAGGCUCAGAUUUGCCAAAAGAGGGUCACCUACCUAGGAUAUAUUCUGGAGGGUGGGCAGCGAUGGUUAACAGAGGGGAGAGCGGCCACCGUCAUGCAAAUCCCUGCCCCCGAAACACCCCGGCAGGUCCGUGAGUUUCUGGGAACAGCCGGGUUCUGCCGCCUGUGGAUCCCGGGGUUCGCCACCCUGGCAGAACCGCUGUACCCCUUAACCAAGCAGGGACAAUCUUUCCAUUGGGGAGAGGAACAACAGAGAGCCUUUCUUGAGAUUAAAAGGGCUCUCCUCUCAGCCCCGGCCCUCUCCCUCCCCAAUGUAGAGAAGCCCUUCACCCUCUACAUUGACGAGAGGAAAGGGAUAGCGCGUGGAGUCCUAACCCAGGCCCUUGGGCCCUGGAAGAGACCUGUUGCCUACCUCUCCAAAAGGUUAGACUCCGUUGCCAGGGGUUGGCCAGCGUGUCUCCGGGCAAUCGCCGCCACAGCCCUGCUAGUAAAAGAUGCGGAUAAACUGACUCUGGGGCAGAAACUGACCGUCAUUGCUCCCCAUGCCUUAGAGAGCAUCAUCCGCCAGCCCCCAGACCGCUGGAUGUCAAAUGCCAGAAUCACCCACUACCAGAGCCUCCUUCUAAACGAGGAGAGGAUUACUUUCGGAACCCCUACAGCCCUCAACCCGGCAACCCUUCUGCCGGAGACAGGGGGUGCUCAGGAGGUGCUCCACCCUUGCCUCGAGGUAUUGGCUGAGGAAACUGGGGUCAGGAAAGACUUACAGGACACCCCGCUGGCCCAGGUAGACCACACCUGGUACACGGAUGGGAGCAGCUUCUUGCUAAACGGACAAAGAAAGGCAGGGGCGGCAGUAGUAGAUCUGCAGGGCACGGUGUGGGCUAGUAGCCUUCCUGAGGGGACUUCGGCACAGAGGGCCGAGUUAAUCGCCCUCACCAAGGCUCUACAAUUGGCCAAAGGGAAAAGAGUUAACAUAUACACAGACAGCAGAUAUGCCUUUGCCACGGCACAUGUGCAUGGUGCCAUCUAUCGGCAGCGAGGGUUGCUGACCUCUGCCGGAAAAGAAAUUAAAAACAAGGCUGAAAUAUUAAGACUACUAGAAGCUGUCCUGGAGCCCAGGCAGCUCGCCAUCAUAUAUUGCCCAGGACACCAAAGGGGAAGGUCGGAGAUCGCAGAGGGAAACCGCAGGGCAGACUCAGCGGCCAAAGAGGCUGCCUUAGGACCUUGCAUACUGCCACUCUCUGCAUGGCCUAUAAAGGAGCCCCAGCCAAACUUCCUGCAGUAUUCCAGAGAGGAAGAAGAGAAGUUCAGAGCACAACCUGGCCUCUACAAGAUAAAACAAGGUAUCUGGACUACUCGGGGGGAAGGCAAGCCCAUUGUCCCGAGGGAGGCAGCGGCUGAGUACUUAACCCAGCUUCACCGACUCACCCAUCUGGGGGAGAAGAAUCUCAGAAAAAUUUGUAGUAGCACAGAAUACCACUUCCAGGGACUGACAAAGGCCCUAGGAAACAUUAUUCAGAAGUGUCGGGCCUGCCAGCUGGUAAAUGCUAAAACCUCUGCCAUCCCUGAAGGGAGGCGAGAGCGGGGGGACCGACCCGGGGUCCAUUGGGAAGUAGACUUUACCAAAAUCAAACCAACUAAAUAUAGAUAUAGGUAUCUUUUAGUUUUUGUUGACACCUUUUCCGGAUGGGUAGAAGCUUACCCCACCCGGCAUGAGACGGCAGCUGUGGUGGCAAAGAAGAUACUCAAAGAAAUCUUCCCCCGAUUUGGACUACCCAAGGUAAUAGGGUCUGACAACGGCCCGGCCUUCGUCGCCCAGGUAAGCCAGGGGAUGGCCAGGGUACUGGGGAUUAAUUGGAAAUUACAUUGUGCAUAUCAUCCCCAAAGCUCAGGACAGGUAGAAAGGAUGAAUAGAACUCUAAAAGAGACCAUGACAAAAUUAUCCAUUGAGACUGGCGUCACAGACUGGACAGCCCUCCUCCCCUAUGCCCUGUUCCGAGCCCGGAACACUCCUAACUCAGUGGGACUGACCCCUUUUGAGUUACUCUUCGGGGCGCCCCCGCCCUUAGCUGCAGACCCCUGGAGUGACACCUCACAAUUACCUGCUCCCCAAUCUCUCCUCGCUAGGCUGAAGGCCCUUGAAACUCUUCAGAGAGAAGUCUGGGCCCCGUUAGCUGAAGCCUAUAAGCCUGGAGAUCUCAGCGUUCCACAUCAGUUCCAGGUCGGGGACCUCGUCUACGUGCGGCGGCACCGUGUAGCAAGCCUAGAGCCCCGGUGGAAGGGACCCUACAUCGUAUUGCUGACUACGCCGACUGCAGUACGAGUAGAUGGAGUUCCUGCCUGGGUCCACGCUUCCCACGUCAAGAAGGCCCCAGAGGAUAGGCAGAAUGACUGGAUUGCAGAAAAAACUGUUGACCCGCUCAAGCUUCGCUCCCGGCAAG